UUUUAUGUCGGUGUCUAAGGAAAACAUAAUUCGAAUGGCCAAUCUUAACAAAAUUGUGUAAUUAGUGUUAUAAUUUAUGUGUUUCUGCACACUCCACCAUUAUUAGGUGUUUUCAGUUAUUAGGUGGAAGGUGUUGGAUAUGGGGAAGAAAGAACUGAUUCACCAUUAGUUUCCCAGCACAUUGGGGCGUGGGCGUCGGGGGUGUGGCACGGGGCGUUGGGGUCCCCGUGCCGCCCCCCGGCGACCUACUCGCCACUAUCUCCAUGUUUGAACAACAGAUCAAAGCUGAACCCAUGAGCUUCUACACUUCCCACUCACAUGUGCACUCUGGUCCUACAAUAGUUCGUUCAGACACUAAUCAUGGCGUGCUAAAUAUGAAUCAACACCAACAUCACCAAGAAGACUCAAAAGAUAGCCUCAUAGUACAACAACAAGUACAACAUCAACAAGAGCUGCUGGAACAGCAUCAACAGCAACAGGAUUUGCAACAAGAUGAUGAGUUGAGCUUCAAAGGGAUGGAUGAUGAAGGAGUUGAAAUGGACAUGGAUGGUCGACAGUGUUCUCAGGGUAUGGGAGUUGACUUGGAUUCAGUCCAAACUAAAAUGGAGGUGACCAAUGGAGGCCAAGUAGUACCGAGAUCAAAACCCCAAGCAUGUAAGGUUUGUGGUAAAGUGUUAUCAUCAGCAUCGUCAUAUUACGUUCACAUGAAGUUACACUCCGGAAAUAAACCUUUUCAGUGUACGGUUUGUGACGCGGCUUUUUGUCGUAAGCCAUACUUAGAAGUGCAUAUGCGAACGCACACCGGCGAGAGACCGUUCCAAUGCGACCUAUGCCUGAAGAGGUUCACCCAGAAGUCCAGUCUUAAUACGCACAAACGAGUCCACACUGAGGAGCACAGACGAGCCCUGUUAGAGAAAGUGCGGCCGUACCAGUGCCACAUCUGUUUUAUCCGCUUCACUCAGAAGUCCAGCCUGGGCCGACAUGGAAAAAUACAUACUGAGGAGCACAUCCAAUCGCUGAUCAACAAAGUGCGCCCCUAUCAGUGCGACAUCUGUGACAAGCGGUUCACGCAGAAGUCCAGCCUUGGCACUCAUAAACGUAUACACACCGGCGAGCGGCCGUUCCAGUGCACCGUCUGCCUCAAGUCCUUCACGCAGAAGUGCGCGCUCAAUUUGCACGAAAAAAUACAUACGGUGCAAGGGCGUCCUUACACGUGCGGGCACUGCCCGGCGGCCUUCGCACGCCGCCCCUACCUGGACUCUCACAUGCGCACGCACACAGGCGAGCGGCCCUAUCAGUGCGACGCCUGUCUCAAGUGCUUCACGCAGAAGUCCAGCCUCAAUAUACAUAAACGGACGCACACAGUCCAGGGCAGACCGUUCCAGUGCCUGUCGUGCCCCGCCGCCUUCACCUGCAAGCAAUACCUGGAGAUACACACGCGCACGCACACCGGCGAGCGGCCGUAUCAGUGCGACAUCUGCCUGAAGCGCUUCACGCAGAAGUCCAGUCUCAACAUCCACAAACGGACGCACUCAGUGCAGGGCCGGCCCUUCCAGUGCCUGCAGUGCCCGGCCGCCUUCACCUGCAAGCAAUACCUGGAGAUACACAACCGCACGCACACAGGCGAGCGGCCCUACCAGUGCGACGUAUGCCUCAAGAGAUUCGCUCAAAAGUCUACACUUAAUAUACACAAACGAACGCACACAGUGCAAGGGCGGCCGUAUCAGUGCAUGGAGUGCCCGGCGGCGUUCACUUGCAAGCCGUACCUGGAGAUACACAUGCGCACGCACACCGGCGAGCGGCCCUUCGAGUGCGAUGUCUGUUACAAACGCUUCACGCAGAAAUCGACACUCAACAUUCACAGGCGAAUUCACACCGGUGAACGUCCAUAUGCAUGUGAUAUUUGUCAGAAACGGUUUGCAGUGAAAAGUUAUGUAACAGCUCAUAGAUGGUCGCACGUGGCCGACAAGCCGCUGAACUGCGAGCGGUGCUCGAUGACGUUCACGUCCAAGUCGCAGUUCGCGCUGCACAUCCGCACGCACUCCGCCUCCUCCUGCUACGAGUGCAGCGUCUGCGGACGCACCUUCGUGCGCGACAGCUAUCUCAUACGACACCACAAUCGUGUACAUCGAGAGAACCAUAGCAACAUGUCAGCAAACAGCAUUGGCACAAUCAACAGCGUCGCCACCAAUACCAAUAACUCCAACAACAGUAAUUUUGACUCGCCAGGUGUUUGUGACUUAAGCUUUGUGCCGAUGGUAAAUCGCUACAUGACCUCACAGGGUACACAAGUGUCAAUGCAAGACUCGCAGAGCAAAAUGUCCGCCAUGUCACCCCAGUCCAUCGCCUCAAUUUCAUCACCUCCUCCUCCACACACGCCGACACCGCAGCCGCAGAUGUCUGGCCAGAUGCGUCUCACCGACUGAUCGUCGUAAUAGCUCUUGGUUGACGAGCAAGCAGCCAGAGUGCAAUAUUAAAAAAUUGGCAGCCAUCAACAAGAGCAGCUAUUAUUAAAUCAACAAAUCAAAGUGGAGCGACAGAUAUCUCUAUAUAUUCGUCAGCGUGGACUUUACACAGUUUGAAAUGAAAUUUUAUUUUUAAAUCAGUUAUUUAUUUACCCAUUGUUGAGUUGGUCGGGAAAAAGAAGCAAGGAAGGAUGCCGCGUGGAAUGUUCUAGGCGUUAACGCUUGUGGGAUCCCUCGAGUUGAAUACCAGGUGGACAUCACAUAAAGUCGAGGACUUCAGUCACGUAGCGGUACCGCCUAUGAUAUGCAUUGUGAUUUAUAUCCACAGCUGUGAUUUAUCUCUACCAUCACAUAAUUAUAUUAAUUUUCGUGGUGGCAUUCAUAAAUCGAUACUUAAAAGUCUCAUCGUUGUAGAUUUUAGGCCUAAAUUUUUGAUCUCAUAUUCUAAUUUGCUUAGUGAUAAAAACUUUUUGGAAAUCCUGAAUGGAUAAUCUCCAGCUUCGAAAUUCUAAAUUUUUGAUGUUCGUCAUGCGCUUGUCAUCCACAUCUCCAUUAGAUGUAGUGAAGUUAACUAUGUCUUAUUGCGACGCUUUAACUUAGUAUGUCAGUAUAAAUGAAGUUCAGUAAUUUUAUAGAACUGUUACCUUUUGAACAUUAAAAAUGUGAAAAGGGGCUCUUAGGUUAUUGAACCCCUGACAUUAAUCAGUAAGAAUGCUUUAAAAUUAAUCAGAUUUACAUAUGAAGGAAUAAUAAUAAAAUACAAGUACAAAAUGAAUCCAUUAUCGUGCAGUCUCAGAGGCAAUAAUGAAAGCUUCACAAAAUUGAUAACUUUAAUAUUAUGAUGUUUAUUGGAGUAAUCCAGAGAAGUGCCUGUUACAACAUAAAAUUGGCAAUAUUUUUUAAUCGUAUUAUGUUCAUAGUGAAAUUAUGUUCAAUGUUCAUGUGUGAUCUUCACCACUUGUGGACUUGUGAAGCAAUAAAUGAGAGAUCUGUGACAAUUUUAAUAUCACAUAGGGUUUGUAUACACGGAGAGUAUAAUUUGUGAAGCUUCUUACUAAACUUUGUGUGCCUUCUAGCAAAUAGCGAUAUAAGGCAGUGUGCAGCCAGAACACUAUACAAAACUUUCAUUUAUUAAUUUCGUCAUAUUUCAUUCUCCUACACAGCAUGCUAAAUGGUUUAUAUUACCUUGUCAUUGUAUUUUUUUUUCAGCCAAAAAAUUUGUUGUUUCCGUCACUGAUGUUUCGAAUAAUAGGAAUAAUGUAUAGUGUAUAGCGCAGUAGUCUUCCAGUAUCUCGAGACAAAGUACUUUUGCACGGUGGAGUGCAAGUAGCGUGUCCGCCGCGGGGGUUCCUUAUGGUUUGCCAUUAUUGAUAUCAAAGAUAGAUUGGUGCCAUUUCUAUGUAAAUGAUGUGGUAGUGUAAGUUAAGUUAAGUUUGCAGGUCAGGGUAGAAUUGGAAAUAAAAUAUUGUAGAGAACUCAGUCUCAAAGUGUUAUGUAACCGCUUCUAAAAAUCACUGUUUUCGUAUACUCUUUAUUAUAUUGUUUUGUUUCCGUUUAAGUUGUUGUUUUCUAUGACAUUAUUUUAUAUUUCCAUGAUGUUGUGUGUGUGUCCAUUAGCUGAGGGUGGGAUAUUAUUGUAAAUAUUGGUAGGGUUUAUUUAUUCGAAUGAAGUGAAGAAAGGAAACAAUUCGAAAUGUUUGGGACUUGUGAUUUGUUGGGGUGUCUCUGCAAUGGUGAAAUGAAUAUCGAACUGAUAAAAGCAUUAUUGGAAUUAAUCAUAGAAUAUUUAGUGCAGAAGUAUACUUUGGGUAAUGAAAUCAAAAUUUUCUUGUAGAUAUACAUGAUAAUGAUAAUAAUAAUAUAUACAUAUGAAUGUUGUUUGAUAGUCCUCAAUAUUUUUUUAUAUUUUGAUAGUUCUGUAUUUUGAAACACGAGAAAAUAGGCCAAUAUCUCAUUUAUCAUUUUAAUAAAAGAAUUAUGUAUGUACACGAUACUUUUAAGAUAAAAUAACAUGACGGAUGCAUUUAGUUGCCCAGGAAAUAAAAAGUUGUAGAAUAGCGUUAAAUAUUUUCAGUGUUUUUCAAAUUAAUGUCAUUUUAUUAAGUUUUCUACCAAGCCAUUGAGAACAGUAUUAUUUAGACAAACUAGAACUUUGGUUUAAUGAGUAGUAUAAAUAUUGCAAACUACCAUUUUAUGAUCACCACUGAAGAAAAUAAAACCAUGUUUUAUCAAUAGAUGUAGCAACAAUGUCGAGCACCUUGUCUACGGUGCUUCUCAUUGUUGACAUACAAUUAUAUUAUCCAUAGAUAUUAUAAAUGGAAAAUAGAAACACCAACAUAGCUGACUAGUUGCAAAUAAAAUAUAUAGAUGUAUAGCGUAUCUUUACUUUCUCUUUAUGACUCGCCUAAGGUGAGAUAUUUUCCAUAUAAAGUCUAGAAUUAUUAAUAUAUUUUGUUGUUAUAUGUUCGCUGUCUUUAUAAUUGUUUAUCUUUAAUUAUUAUUUUAUCGAUUUAUUGUAUCAAUCCCUCAACCGUAUGGUGUCAAAAGAGAAAGCGAAGAACACUUGGUCCUUAUUAAUUACGAGAUAAAACCCACAUCAUGUAACGUGGAUUAGUGAUAGAAGUAUAUUUUGUAAAAGAUUAGGACCCUUAAUAAAGCAGCGAGGAGUUAUAAAUUGCUAUCGGUCCCUUCACAAAUUUUUAACCAUAUGGACAUAUCGGCAAUUUAUUUGUCUUUGCUGUAAAACUAUUUUACAUACCGAUGUUAGUUACUAUACUUAGGGAGUAAUAACUGUAAACUAUUUGAAUUUACGUAAUCGUAAAAGCGGUAUAAGUUUAUAUUUUCACUUUCUCUACUUAUUUUGUCAACGGUAGAAAAAGACUGAAGUAUUAAGAGAAUCCACAAUGUC